AUGCCAGCGGGCUUCCCUUUUAAUUCGAUCGCUGCGUGCUGCGUACUGCUGCGUGUGCCGCGGCUGCUGCGUGUGCUGCGUACUGCUGCGGCUGCUGCGGCUGUCCUGGUUAUCCAACAAUUUUUUCCUCAACCCAGCCCUCCGCCCUCCACCCUCCACCCCCAGGAAAUGGCGGACCUCGACUUUCUGCUCGCCAGCCUCCUCCCAGCAGACCACCAGCCCAUCAGCCCCCACACCGCCGACCAGCUGGCCGCCCACCACCACAAGCCAGCCCACACUGACUGGCACCUGCUCAUCCACAGAUCCUUCAACCGCAUACAUGCUCUCCUGCUCGCCAAGGAAAACUCCCGCAACGCCCUCGGCGCACGCCUCGCCAGACUCGCCCUCCACAACCAGCCGCACUGUCUGCCCUCCCAAGGCCCCCGCUGGCUGCAGGCCAUCCAGAACAUCCUCCCCCGCCAUAAUGCCCCCGACCAUCCCUGCCUCGACCAGCUCGUCCUGCUCCUCUCCAACAUCCUCGAAUCGGCCCCCCGAUGGCCCGACUUCGCCCGCGAACACUGCCACCCUAAGGCCAUCACCACCCUCGCACGCAGCCUGCUCGGCCUGGCCGCAGACACCCACCCGCCCGCCAUCCGAGCCCGCGGGCUGCGCACACUCGCCGGCCUGGUCGCCCGGCACGCCUCGCUCCUGCGCCCGCUCGCCAGCCAGCUGCACGCCGCCGCCCUGGCCACCGUGCUGAGUCCGGAGCCGGCGGUGGGCCCGGCGGGCGCCAGUCUGCUGACCCAGCUGUACCGGCUGAGCGGGAAGACGGAUGCGGCGGCGAGCUGGGCCAAGACGAUCACGGCGACCAUCGGCACCCUCGACCCGCUCCUCGCCGCCCUCCUCUCGCCCUUCGUCGCCCAUCAGCCCCGCGACCCGCCCCUCGCCCCGCUCGAGAUCCCGCUCCAGGACCUCCUCGGCUCCGCCUCCCCUCUGCCCCUCCACCGCAUCCCCCUCCUCCUCGCCCGCGCACAGGCCCUCGUCAACGUCCUCCUUGCGAUGCUCGCCCAGCCCUCCGACCGCCCCGUCCGAGUGCCCCUCGCCCACCUCGUCGCCCUCGCCUCCAGCCUCCUCCUCCUCCGCAACGCCCCGCCCCACGACCGCGCCGACCAGGCCUGGAAGCUCGCCUGGGAAGCCCUCGGGGGCACCGUCGCCCUGCGCGUCAUGGCGUGUCGGCUGGUCGCCAGACUAUCCGAAUGGUAUACACUCUCUCCCCCUCCUUCUACCUCCACAGCACAGCCAGCUGACAUGCACCCAAACAGUGUCCGGCUGCGGAUGACCCCGUUCACGAGCCAGAUCCUGACGAUCCUAGCGGGCGAGAUCGAGGCGGCCCGCGAGCGGAGAACGGGCGAGGUGACGGUGAUGUGCUACACGUAUGCGCGGGUGGUGCAGAGCAGCCCGUGCAACCCGGAGACCGUCCAGCGCACCCUCGCGCCGCUGGUGGAGGUGCUCCUGGCCGACAUCCAGGCCAUCUACGGCGCCCGCCCGCCCUCCGCGUCUUCCGAAGGGGCCCCGCAGCCGAAGAAGGCGCGCAGGAAGGCCAGCUGCGCCCCGGCCUGGACCGCCGCACCCGUGGUCGACCCGCUGGCGCUGCUCGUCGCCGGCCGCGCCCUCAACACGCUCGAGAUCCUGCUCGCCGCGGUCCCCCACGGCUUCCCGACGCCCUACCUGAGUCUGUGUCUGCGGACGCUGGCCAGCCUGGCGACCCACCCGAGCUUCGGGUUUGCCAGCCGGCCGGGGCUGCGCGCGAAGGUCCUGCGGAUCCUGGUCGCCAGCCUGGGCCUGCCGCGCGCGUCCCACCAGCCGCUGAUGGCCGUCAACGUCGCCCAGACGCUGGCCGGGCUGCUCCCGCGACUGCUCACGACGACCGACCCGACGAUCGCCGCGCUGGCCCGCCACGGCCUCGUCGCGCUCGCGGCCCUCGCCAGGCCCCGCGUCCCGCCCGUCUUCCCCGCCGCACACCACGACCAGGCCUUGCUCGACGUCGAGCCGGUCGACGACAUCGUCCCGCCGACGGCCGCCAAGCGCAAGUCCGAUCACGACCUCCCCCGCCCGCUCAAGAAGCCCGCCGCCGUCGAGCCCGUCGCGCCCGCUAUCGAGCCCGCCGCAGCCGCUGUCGAGCCCGACUCAUCGGACGACGAGGACGGCAACCCCAGGAUGCCUGCGUUGGUGUUCGAUGAUGAUGACGACGAGGGGGGCGAGGAUCCGGUGGGCGAGGCGGAGGCGCAGGCGCCGUAG